ACCGGUUUGUUGCUCAGAUUGUGCAGUGAUUGCUAUAAACGCUAUUCAGAUCAUUACUGUUCGAACGGAUCUUUCGGAAGAGAAGUCGAGGCCCCUGCACCACAACCAUUGGGAUCGCCCAUUCUUCUAGGUGAUUCACGGAAUGAGCCGAUACCCGGCGCAAAUUCAAGUUCCGCAUUGAGUCAGCCAGCAUUACGCUUCAAUCGAGUUUCCCAAUCAAACUGGUCAGAAUCAAGCUCCCGUUCACUUCGAAAGCCCAGGUGGUCACAAGUGAAACCUGGCAUGAAUGCUGCACAAAGUCAGCCGGGAGAAUACUCAACGUGGGAUCAGUCGACAUUAGACGCAGUUGCAAGCCUCGAGUUAGGACGUCAAAAACCAGAUUCCACGUCAAACUGGUCAGCAUCAAGCGGUAAAACCGACUAUAUGACUUCGUCAAAAUCAUUUCCCUGGAUGAGAGAAGAUCCAGCACCCGAAACACCAGAAUUGUUUCGUUGCUCUCGCGCAGAGACACUUUUCAGUAACAAUGUGAAUCAAUGGAUUAUGGUGGAUCGAGAAUUUUGCAUCAAAAAAUAUCCAGAUUUACUAUUGCUUAUUGUUGCAAUUACAUCAGUGCAUGAAACACAUUACCGCAGAACCAUUCGACAAACGUGGGGAAAACCAGCGCUCUACAAGAAUUUCAAAACAGCAGUGAUAUUUCCGAUCGGCCGCACAAAUAACGUCACUCUUCUGAGAUCAAUUAAAAAAGAGCAGAAGCAAUUCGGUGACCUGAUACAGCAAAAUUUCAUGGAUACAUAUCAAAAUCUGACGUACAAGACACUCGAAUGGUUGCAAUUUGUCGACGAAUUCUGUCCCACUGCUCAAUUCGUCCUGAAAAUUGACACGGACAUGACUUUCAAUUAUUUCAAACUUGUCUGGCCAGUAUCAGAAGAGGAAUAUUCCAGUGAUCAUUAUCCAUCAUACUGCAGUGGGAUGUAUUAUGUGUUUACAACAGAUCUGGUGAGACCACUGCUGCAGCAAGCUCCAUUUUGUACAUUCUUCUGGGUACUGUUCAGUCUUCAAAUCGAAGAUGUACACGUGACCGGUCAUUUGGGAGCAAUGGUCGGUGCAAAUUAUGAAGACUGGACCAUGAACACCACAUAUGACUUGCAAAAAUUACCGAGCUUGGUUAAAAAGCCCGAAAUAAUAUUUGGCAUGAUCUCAUCGUCAAGGGAACAUGAUCAGUUGUGGAAAAUAAUGCUUUAUACCUAUGAACCGCUGAUUUAA